UAUAGUUACAUAAUGGCAGAUGCCCGAGAUCGAACUCCUCGCACACGCUCAAGAGCAGAUCAGAAGACGUUUAAACCUUCCCCCAAACGAAAGAGUCCUAGACUGUCUUCUUCAAAGCAAACGAAGCUAGCGGGAGAUGCUCGAGUGAACAUUGGAUCAGCGUUUGAAACGUGGAGUGAAGUGAAGGCCUCAAAAGGAUUAAAAAGUGAUGCAGAGUUGGCUCUUACUCUACUCAAUCAAAUGAAGAGGUUACCAACCAAUUCAGAUUCCUCUGGACCCAGUAAGAAAAAGAUCAAGUUAUCCCAAUCUGAAGUGCAGACGCUGAUCGAGCAGGAGGUUCAAACUGCACUGACAAAGAAAGAAAACAAGCUGCUGGGUUUAAUAGGAACGAUUCAAGAGCAGGAUGAAUCACUGGACUACAAAAGCUCCAUCCAAAAACUGGAGGAGCGGAUGAACACAGUAACCAGGAGAGCGGAAGCAGCCAUCGCCUUCAUGACAAAGACACAUAAAGAGAACCCACAGCCAUCUCUGGAUAAUGUCAAGAUUAAAAGGGAAGACUCUGCCAAAGAUAAGAAAAUCCCACCUGGUUUCAAAAGCGACAUUGAGAGCAUGGAAAAGAGAGUGGAGUUCUUAAAUAUGAUGAAAAGCACCAAAACGGGAUUAACAAAGAUGCAAGAAGACAAUGAAUCUUUGAAGGCUGUCAUAGCCAAACAGAAGCUGCCUCCUCCGGUUCCUACUCCUAACGGCUCUUCUGACUGCAAGGAGUCACUUAUUAAGAAAGAGCCGGAUGUGGAGGAGUCAAAGCAGUCUGUGGAGGACUCAAAGCAGUCUGUGGAGGAGUCAAAGCAGUCUGUGGAGGACUCAAAGCAGUCUGUGGAGGAGUCAAAGCAGUCUGUGGAGGACUCAAAGCAGUCUGUGGAGGAGUCAAAGCAGUUUGUGGAGGACUCAAAGCAGUCUGUGGAGGACUCAAAGCAGUCUGUGGAGGAGUCAAAGCAGUCUGUGGAGGACUCAAAGCAGUCGGUUAAACUAAAGGCUGUGAUGGUGAAAGAAGAAAAUCUUUCUAGUGACCAUAGCAGACCCAACACCGAGCAGGACGAACUCUAUUCGUAUCCUCCUCUGCCCUCAACAAACUUUCCCUCCAUCCUAAGCAUCGAGGUGGCUUCAUACAACCUCCCCGGGAGACCGAAAGUGAAUGUGGCUCUCAUCAAGAACCCCGUCGGCCUCUCUGUGCUCUGGAGCGUGGAGGAUAAAGACCCCUCAGCAGCACCGCCCAUGGAUAGUUACGGCCUCUUCAUGACUAUGGAGAAGGUAAAGGGUAGCGGCGUCUUUCCAAGUUGGACAGCCCUUGGUGAGGUGGAAGCCGUCCCACUACCCAUGUGUGUUAUGAUCAGUAAAUACAAGCCCGGCCACACGGUGUGUGUCGCUGUGAUUGGCAAAGACAAGUUUGGCCGGACCAAUUGGGAAGAAACAGCAAUGGGAUGGGCCUCCUAUGACCACUUCAAAACACAAAACCACAAUCACAUUGAUGCACACAUAGGGCACACACAUUGGCCUAAUUAAAGCUGACGGAAGAGCAGAGAGGGCUUAUGCAAAGAUUGCCAGGAAAAAAGGGGAAGGGAGUUGGCGCAGAGAAGCAAGGUAAAAC